AACAAGGUGUUCAUCUACCGGGGCAAGGAAUAUGAGCGGAGAGAAGAUUUUCAAGGACAGCUGAUGACUGAGUUUCCAAAUGCAGUGAGAAUGAACACGACAUCAGCCCCUGCAAGCAACAUCAAAAAUUCCCCAGGACAAUUCAUUCAAUGUUUCACUGUCCAGCCAGUCCUGGAGGAACCAUCCCGUUUCAAGGACAAGCCAGUGCCGGAUCAAGUCAUAAAUUUCUACAAGGCAAAUUAUGUGCACAAGUUUCAAUACUCACGACCAGUCCGGAAGGGAACAGUGGAUCCAGACAAUGAAUUUGCC